UUUAUUUCCAUAUUUAGCAGAGUGGUGUUUUGGAAUAACUAAGUUUCAGCUACUGAUGGAGGGAAGAGGAUAGUGACAAUUUGAACUUGUAAAGAAAUUGUUGAAUGAUAGGGGAAGGUUUUUGUAAUGAUAAUUCCAGACAAAUUGGCAGUUGAGGAAUACCACAAGGCAAUGGUGUCAAAUAUUGAAAAAGUCAUUGAUUUGAAUAGUUUUAAAUUUGAUUUCUUUGAAAAGGGACAUGGAUUGAUUACAGUGCAUUUGUACUUAAAAAAUCUGAGUUACUGCCAUGUGCAGUUUGAAACAAACCAAUUUACUGUUUUCUUUUGUACAAGCAAUGAAGUAUUUUUGAAAGCUUAUGAUGGUGAUAAUAAUGAUUUAUUCAGAUGCCACAUUCAUACAAGUGAAGAAAUUCAAUAUGCACUUUGUACUUAUAAAAUCGAAAAGUGUUACGUUGAGAUCAAUAUAAAAACAAAAGAUCAAAUAAAGUGUGGUCACUUGCAUUUUUCAGAAGGAAAAAAUCUUUUUAAGACCGAGAAUUUUUCUGGAUUGCACUAUAGUAAAUCUUUUUUACAAUGUUCAUCUAAGCAAUUACUUGGUGGUAAGUCUACUCCACUGACAACUAAAUCAUCUGAAGAACAAGAUGUUGAGGCUUCUUCACCUAAUGCAAACUCUAGUUUAUCAAGUAAUGUUCGUAAUGUUAACAAAAUAAAUAUUGCAUCUGACACUAUGUUAGGUUUAACAGGGCUGGAAAACUAUGCAAAUAACUGCUAUAUGAAUGUUGUCUUGCAACUUUUGGCAAACAUAUACGAAAUACGGGAGUACUUUAAAAAUGAAGUGUUUUUGAAAGACAUUGCAGUCAAUAACGCAAUAAGUUCUGGAGGUAAAGUAGCAAAAGCAUUUUCUGAAGUUGUGAAAGCAUUAUGGUUGCCAUCAAGGAGUGCCUUUAAACCACUUGCAUUAAAGAGCAUAAUGGGGAAGCAAUGUGCAUCAUUUCUGGGAUGGCAACAACAUGAUGCUCAAGAAUUCUUUUCAUCUCUACUUGACAAUCUACAUGAGGACCUGAAUCAGCAAUGUAAUUUUAAAGAAGACUGUAGCUCAAGUAUUAAUGAAAAACCAGACACUGCAUGGAAUGCACAUAUUAAAAGAAAUAAUUCCUUGAUUGUGAAAUUGUUUCAUGGUCAGUUAAUGUCAAAAGUGACAUGUACAGCUUGCCACAAGGUAUCUCAUUCCUAUGAUCCAUGUGCACAGAUAUCUUUACCAAUCCCAUCUGUAAAGCAUUGUUUUCGAGUUCUCUUCUUUCCUUCUAAAAUGGAUGCUAUUCCACUUAUGAUUCCUCUACAAGUAUCAACACCAAAUGCAACUGUUUGGCAUCUUUUAAAUAUGCUUCAAUCUUAUGUUAAAAUUUUACCUUGUUUUAUUCGAUUGUUUUCUGGACUAUCUGAAAUUUUUACUGAUCAAAAUAUACCACUUGUAUCGCUAUUUAAGUAUAAGUAUAUUAUAGCUUGUGAAGUGGUUGAAGAUAUUUCUUUACCUGUUUUUCAGUAUGUUUUAAAUGCUAACAGCUUUGUUUGUUGUGACUUUUGUUACAAAAGAGAAAAAUAUUUGUUAACAAAACUUAAGCGUUGCACCAAAUGUUUUGCUGUUUCUUACUGUAGUAGAGAUUGUCAAAUUAAACAUUGGCAAUCUCACAGAUUUUUGUGUUCUAAAGACUUAAAAAUGCAAGUUGGAAUUCCAUUUUAUAUCAACAUAAAAAGGAAUGAGUUGACAUACGAAUAUUUGGAAUCUUCUUUGAAAAUGCGAGCUAAUAUUUCUGUGGAUUUUACUUAUUUACUUGAUAAAAAUUUGGAAAAUAAUACAAAAUCUAACAUUUUAAUUAAAGUUUCAAAUAAGAUGAAUGUUAAUGAUGAUACUGCCAUAAUUAUUUCGAAAGACAAUUUUAGCGAGGUUAUUCUAAAAGGUGUUUGUUUAAUUGUUGAAUGGCAAAAUAGCCCAGAAGAAAAAGUUCUCACUAAAGAGGACCCAGUUUGUGAGUUUUAUAAAACUUUGUUUAAAGAAACGCCUCUUAAUGAGGAGCACAUUACAUUGUCAGACAGUCUUCGGUUAUUUAUGGAGCCUGAAAAGCUCGAUGGAAAUGAGUCAUGGAAAUGUCCCAAAUGUAAAUCUUUUCAAAUAGCAAAAAAAGAAAUGGCAAUUAGCAUGCCUUCUUGUUUGUUAUUACUACAUCUCAAAAGAUUCUCCUUUGGCGAGUAUGGUGAAAAAAUUACAAAAACAGUUUCAUACCCUUUAAGUAAUUUUGAUUUGUCACCAUAUGUAUGCAAGGAAUCAUUAGAUAGAAUUAAUUAUCCUUUAAUCUAUGAUCUUUGUGGAGUUAUAUCACACCAUGGUACUAUGAGAAUGGGUCAUUAUACUUGUAUGGCCAAAAUGUUUAAUCAUAAUGACCAAGAAGAAGGAGGAUGGAGGCUGUUUGAUGAUGAGACCGCCACCAGAAUCAAACCAGAAAAAGUUGUUUCAUCAAAUGCAUAUGUUUUAGUAUACAGAUUACGUGGUACUUCUGAAAUACUAAAAGUUGAUAGAUGUCCAUUAUACAGCUCUGCAACUAAUGUCUUCAUUUCUGACAGUCCACUUACAAAAAAAAAAUCAGAAUUAGUUGUUCACAAAGAAACUGAUUCUUUUGCAAAUAUAUAUAAAAAUAGUUUUGAAUUGACAGAAGAUAAAAAAAUAGCUAGAAAAAAUCUCACAUUGACUGAUAGAUUUUCUGAAUUUAAAAAAUUUACAAAGUGCUCUGAUGAGUCAUUGAAUUGUAUUUCUAGCUUCGGAAAAAUUGAACUUAAAGAACUCGAACAAGAUACAAAAAAUAUUACAAGUUCAGACUGUAAUUAUAGAAUGGAUGAAAAUAUUAACUUAGAUUUGCAUGACACUGUAAAGCUCCAAUCAUCUGAAUUAAAUUAUGACUCUAAUUUAAUAGAUAUUUCUCAAUGUUGUGCAACAAAUGACGAUAGUGGGGAUUCAAUUCAGAAUCUUAUAGAUAUGAAUGAAGAUGAGCUAGAUUAAUUUUGUUGUUCAAAUUUUGUAAUGUUCAAAACAUUUUUUUUAAUAUUCAAGUUUUUUUUUUUUUUUUUUUUUUUUGAAUACAUAUUUUCCAUUUGUAAUAUUUUGGUUAUAUUGUAAAAGGCUUUUUUUUUUUUUUUUUUUUUUUUUUUGAUUGCUUAUAUUCUGUAAAAUCAUUUUAACAGAUUACUGAUCCAUGAUAAAUAUUACAUUGAUAAAAAAAUUUUUUGUUUUGCUUUAUAGCAUAAAAAUGUUACAUGCAAUUAAAUGCUAAAUGUUUAUUUAUAUCAGAAAGUAAAAAUAAUAAUGGAUCCAAUGAAUAGAGUAAAACUUCCUCACGUUAGUCGCAGCCAACAACUUCUUGCAAAAGGUUUUGGCGGCUUGUUUUGGUUUUGGAUGUUAUGGAGACUGAAACAUGACUGGAAAACAUUAUUUAGCCAUUAUGAAGCUGACAAAGUAUGGGUCAUUCCUGAUCAAGUUGAAGAAUCUGAGCGUCAUCAUUAAAUUUUUUUCUUUGAAUAAUAAUUCAUUACUAAAA